AAAGGGAGAGAUACCUGGUGGCGGGAAAAAAGGGGGCGGGCUGGGGGAGGUAAAGGGGGCUGGUGCAGAGAAGGGACAGAUGCUUAAGGAGGAAACCAAGCCAGGAGCAGCAGACUAAUUUUUGUUUUUGUUUCAGGUAGAUCUCUAAGAGCUGUGCGGCAAGAACUCAUCAGGAUAUCUGCUGGAAGAGAUCCGGUCAUCGCUGAGAUGGAGGUGAAUGCGGCCCAAGGGGUGAAAAUCGGAGCGACGAAGAGGAGAGCCAUGAUGCCCAGGAGGUUCCGGGAAGAGACAGAAGGCUCGGCAGGGGACAUCGCUAGGCCCAAGAAGAGGGUAAGUUGUUCCAUGCAGGUCAGGAGUCGGUCAGCGAGCGGUGGAUGCGGCAGAAGAGACGGCGUCGUCGGCGAAGAGGAGGAAGCAUCGCGAGAACGAGAACCAGAUCAAGAUGACGUCACUUCUGGGUCGACGAACAGCACUGAACCGGUGGUGCGGAAAAGGAAGAAGUUUGGAGGCGCACAGAGGAUCGAGGAGCAGCACAACAAGGAGCAUCCAAGGAAGAGGCAAUGGUAUAACCAGAGGAUACCUGGAUGGGCAGUGGGACAGGAGUUUCCAUAUUGGGAUGGUUAUCGGGUGCCGAGUCUCCAGUUUAGAAACAGGGAGGAAGAGGAGAGCUGGUUGCAGUGGAGGAAAGAAAGAACACAAAGACAAGAGGAGGAGGCUGGCCCAUCAACAAGGAGGGAAAAAGAAGCCUAUCCAACAAAUACAAGGGUGCAGGAAAAGCAGAAAGAGGAUACAAGCACACAGAGACCAAUCGUGGCAACCGCUACAAAGGAGGCACCUAUGGCAAGGUGUGGAUCUGCUGUCAACAUAUUGGUCAUAGGGCACUCAUUUAUUUUUGGGCCAAAAAAGCAUGCAGCAGGGCAACAGCUGGGGUUACCAAAGGAACACAUGAAGUUGGCAUGGCAGGGUUGGAGAGGUAUGAGAUGGGAGCAACUAAAAGGUAGGUUCUAUAACGCGCUCCAUCGAGUUAAUUUCGUGCAUUUAGUUAUAAUUCAUACAGGGGGAAACGAUCUCACGUCAAAAAAGACUCCAGCACUCAUAGAGAACAUGAGGGCCGACUUGGCGGAGAUGCUGGAAAACAGGAAGGUCGGGGGGUUAGCUUGGUCAGACAUUAUACAGAGGAGCAAUUGGAGGGGGGCAAAUUCACCCAAAGGCGUGGAGAAAGCUAGAAAGAAAGUGAACCGGGCCAUGCAUAAAUUCAUGUGUUCCUUUGGGAAAGGUAUCAUAAGGCACGACAACAUAAGAAGUGGCGGGCGGGAAAAAAGGGGGCGGGCUGGGGGAGGUAAAGGGGGCUGGUGCAGAGAAGGGACAGAUGCUUAAGGAGGAAACCAAGCCAGGAGCAGCAGACUA